UCCGCUGAUCAGUCUCUUGUCACUGUGUUUAAUACCGCCUUGAUUAGCUGCAUAGCUAAUGGAGGGGCUCUAUAUUUGCUAGACCUUAUUUUGGACCAUUUAAUAGUACAGUUCCACAGAAGAUGGAGAAAUAAGACCACGCUUUUAAUAUAAGUAUUCGUCAACCCCAUGAUGCCCUGCGCACUACAUUUCCGGUGAGGAGUUGACAGAAACAUGACGAGAUAUAAAACAGAGACUGCGUCCGAAAUCGCAUACCGUGACAUUUUAAACACAGCCUGACAGGAGGCUCCUGACUGAUAGCCUUUCCUGAGCACAGAAUGAAUCAAUAUCAACAGCAGCCUGGCCGGUCCAACCUUUACAGCGCUGUGAAAACUGAGAGCUCGUCAACUCCGCCCCUCGCCACCAACAUGGCCAAUAACACUGCCAUUCCGGGGAAAGGCCUAGGAACCCCAGGGCCUGCUGGGAGAUUGAGUCCUGAGGGAACUCAGGUGCUCAGUAAGAAAAAACUGCAAGACCUUGUGCGGGAAAUUGACCCCAAUGAGCAGCUCGAUGAAGAUGUUGAGGAGAUGUUGCUACAAGUUGCUGAUGAUUUUAUAGAGAGUGUCGUGACCGCGGCCUGUCAGCUUGCCCGCCACCGCAAGUCUAACACUCUAGAAGUAAAGGAUGUGCAGUUGCACCUUGAGCGUCAGUGGAACAUGUGGAUCCCUGGCUUUGGCUCCGAUGAAAUCCGACCGUACAAAAAGGCGUGCACUACAGAAGCACACAAACAGAGAAUGGCACUGAUCCGCAAGACGACCAAAAAAUAGGAAGAAUGCAGAAGAUUGACAUUUCUCUUGCUCUUUUUUUGGCUCUGUAGGUUUUGACUCUGAAGAUAAUUUUUCUUUUUUUCUUUUUGAAAAUCAGGCUGAUAGAUGUGCUGGUAUCAGUCAACUGCUUCUAGUGUUUCACCUUUUUCAGAUGUCAGAAUCACUUGCCCAAACUGUUAACUGUAACUUGUGUUUUGUUCUUUGUCUGAUGAUGAUCAUAACUAUACUGUCAUAGGCCUAAAUGUUAUAAUAGAUCUCAAAUGCUGCAUAAAACAUGAUUACUGGAUCAGCCCACUGUCGCCAUUCAUUCCACUAUGAAGGUGUGUAGUGGUAAAGAGUGCCUCUGGGCACAUGGUUAACUAUUUAACUAUUCCCAAGUUAAAUGUCUAUGAUGUGUCCAGAGAUCAUUUAUUAAUUUGGUCAUUGUUUAGAAAGGAAACAUAUUGAAUGUGGUGGCAGAAGAAAAAGAAUUAUGCACAGCUAACAUAGUCAUUGCUUGCUUCAGGUAUUUUUGACGUUGAAAUUUUUGUUGCGUGUGUGAUUACUUAUCCGCCCUCUUAACGGCUCACUAAGUAUGUCAAAUUAAGGUGCUAUUAUUUGCUUCUUCAGUAAAUCCAGUUAGAUUUUAAUUGUCCAAUGCAGUAAUUCUGUAACAAAAAAACAUGUUCAGUUGAACAGAUACUCGAGUAGCCUUUUGCAAUAUGUGGGUUGCAUUGCAAUUUAAAUUCUAUCAAAAAUUGCUAUUAAGUUCUAGCUAACUUAGCUAGGUUUUCAUCAUGGCUAUUAUCAUUAUUAUUAAAUAUAACAUUUUAGUUUGCUUGGGCAAGUGAAUGUUAAUAUGCAUUACUGCAAUAUAGCUUGCAAAGAUGCUUAUUAUUUGAUUGAUGGUAGUUGUGCUUGUCAUGGUGGUGUAUAGAGGCUUUCUGUAUUGGAGCUGUAUUAUGUUCCUUCAGGGACUUCACAUAUACAGUACUUUUCUUAGUACUUAAGUAACAUUUGGUCUUUUGCAGUUUUGCCCAUUAGAGUAAUUGUUCUACACAUUUGAUUUGCUUUGUUGAGAAAAGUACCCACCCAAAGCAUGUAGUCACACAUGGCAUGUGUUUUUUGCAGUGUUUGUAGUAUGUAGUCGUAAUGUAGGAUUUGUUUCACAGUACUGCAGUCAUAGUGUAGCCAAACAUUAUCACAGAAUUGUCCGAAGCCCUAUGUUAAUGGGGUUGGUUUUUUUUGUGUGUGUGUGAGGGGUUGUGUGGUUUGUAACAUUUUUGGAUGAGUGUCAUGGUUCUUUAUAAGCUUGUUUUUUUUUUUUAUUCCAAAAAAAUAAAAUAAAAUUGGUUAUCUACGUAUUUCCCAUA